GACCCACGCACCCACAUUAUUAGAGCCACUUGUGAACUUUUAUUUUGAAAGGCCGUGACACUUUUGUUCGCUGUCAGUGAUUGGACGAGCGGAUUGACCAACAGGAAGUCGUGAUAGUAGUCUGUAACGCUGGAUUGUCACGUGUAGUUGUUCAAAAUGCUGCGACGAGAGGUGAGACUGAGAAAGGAAUACCUGUACAGGAAAGCACAGGAGGACAGGCUGCACGCUAUUGAAGAUAAAAAACAGAAGCUCAAAUCUGCUUUAGAUGAAAAUCGGCUUAUACCCACUGAAGUUCGGAAGGAGGCUUUAGAGUUACAGAAACUGUUGGAGUUUGAAGAUGAGGGUGGAGAAGGUGUUAGUUCUCAUAUGGAUGAUGAGUACAAGUGGGCAGGAGUGGAAGACCCCAAAGUUAUGGUCACAACAUCCAGAGAACCCAGCUCUAGACUCAAGAUGUUUGCCAAAGAAAUGAAGCUGAUGUUUCCAGGGGCCCAGCGUAUGAACAGAGGAAACCAUGAAGUUAAAACAUUAGUACACGCGUGCAAAGCUAAUAAUGUCACUGAUCUUGUUAUAGUUCAUGAGACCAGAGGUCAGCCAGAUGGUUUGGUGGUGUGUCACCUUCCUUUUGGGCCGACAGCCUACUUUACAUUGUAUAAUGUGGUAAUGAGACAUGAUGUUCCAGACAUCGGCACCAUGUCCGAAGCCUACCCUCACCUCAUUUUUCACAACUUCACGUCACGUCUUGGCCGAAGGGUCUCCAACAUCCUAAAGUAUCUGUUUCCUGUACCCAAAGAGGACAGUAGACGUGUUAUUACGUUCGCAAAUACAGAUGAUUUCAUCUCUUUCAGACACCAUACCUACAAGAAAACCGAUCACAAAAAUGUUGAGUUGACAGAGGUUGGACCCAGAUUUGAAAUGAAACUGUACAUGAUCAAGCUCGGCACACUAGACAAUGAGAAUACUGCAGAUGUUGAGUGGCGACUACAUCCUUACACACGCACUGCCAAAAAAAGGAAAUUCUUAAGUGUGGAAUAACCCAGUGUGCUUUUCAGAAACCUGCAUUGUUCUGUCAGAAUGGACACUUUCAAUGUACUUCCACCUUUACAGUGGUUCUUUUUCCAUUUACUUGUGACAUUCAAUAUUAUGAUAAUACUGUUUGCUUUUUGACACUUCCUCGAAUGAAAUAUUUUGUACAGAGUCAUCUGAACAUUAAAAAACGUUCUUUACA